UUGCGAUCAUAUCGAGGAAAAUUGGUUUAUCGACCGUAUAAAAAGUAUGAUUUUGAGAUGGACGAGAAGAAAUAUGAUGUUUAUGGGAAUACAACUGAGGAAAGGGUGAGUUUUUUAAGAUGAGCAAUACCUAAAUUGUACAUUUUUGAUGAAAUUUCAUGAAAAAUUGAUUAUGGGCCUAUGCAGAAUAAUAUUUUUGAGUAGAGACAAUGUGAAAUUGAGAGAGUGCAGACAGAAAAAUUGGUUUUUCGCAUAAAAAUACAAAAGACUGUCUGCACUCUCUCAAUUUCACAUUGUCUCUACUCAAAAAUAACAAACUAUAUAUUUAGUUUUUUUCAGGAAAAAUAUGUUUUUUUUAUUACAAAAUAUAAUUCUGCAUAGGCCCAUAAUGAAAAUUUAUAACAUGAGCAAUGCUUCAGCUAAUUUUUAGUAUGGGAAUAGAAAUAGGAAUUUUUAAUAUGAGCAAUAUCCUGAAAAUUUAUAAAAUGAGCAAUUCUAGCACAAAAUCCACCAAAAAUCCCAAUUCUUUCCAGAUAGCCAAACUCGAUCCAAAACCAACCGAUUGGGUAAUCCACGAAAACGAAGACAGCGAAAAUAAAGAGGAUUUGGUGACAAUUGAAGAUGAUUUCAUCAACAUCUACGCAGUCACAAUAUCACAUAUCGCAUGCGAUGGACCAUUCUCACCGACUGCAAAAUUGGAAGAUAAUCGCAUCUUUUUGUCGUAUAUUUUGAAACGGGAUGUUACAACACGGGUUGAUAUUGCGAAAUAUUUGUUGGCCAUUGAACAUCAGGCACAUUUGGAUUUGCCGUUUGUCAAGGUUGGUUGAAUUUUUUGGGAAAAUUAGGUUUUAAAAAUUGGAAUUUUCAAAAGCCCUAGGAGAUUUUUGAUAAAAAUAAUCUUUUUUUCCGUUUUUUUUUCAAAUAUUCUUUGAAACUGUUCAAAUCUCUAAUUCUUGAAAAAAUACGUUUCAAAAAUUUUAAUAGAACAUUUGAAAUUUUAAUUUUUGAUUGAUUUACGAAGUGAAACUUUGAUGCAAAGCUGGAAUUUUCAAAAGCCCUAGGAGAUUUAAUGCUAGAAAAACUUUUUUUCUGGUUUUUUUCAAAUAUACUUUGAAAUUGUUCAAAUCUCUAAUUCUUGGAAAAAUACGUUUCAAAAAUUUUUUAAUAAAAAUUUUGAAAAUUCAAUUUUAAUGUUCUUCAACUCUCCGUUUUCAUAAGUACGCUAAAAACAAGAAAAGUAGGAAGGUUUUCAAGUAGCUAGAAGUUAUAUUUCUCAAGUAGCCGCGCCUUGGAAGUUCAAUUGUCAAGUAUCAGCGCCUAGGAAGACUCGUUCUCAAGUAGCGGCUCCUAGAAAAUCUUAUUUUGUAGGAUCCGCACCUAGAGAUCCACUAUGACUCAAGGAGCCGCGCCCUGUGAGCUUCUUUACCAAGUAGCCCAUCCUAGAAAUUCUAGUUCUCAAGGAGCAGCGCCUAGAGAACCUAAUUGUCUAGGAACCGCAUCUAGAAAUCCAAUAUGACAAGGAGCAGAGCCUAGAAAUAUUUUCAAACUCUACAAAUUUUUAAAAAUGAGGAAGAACUUCCCAAUUUGAAAAUCCCCAUACAAAAUUUGCCAAAUUUGUUGUUUUGCUCUUUUCCCUGUCAUUGAAAAAUUGCAGGUUGUCGAAGUCUCGUCAUUAUCUCUCGAUGUCAUCGACGAAGGAUCAUAUGUUGUUGUAGAUGGUGAAGUCGUCGAAACAAAAACAUUAAAAGUGACAACGACUCGCAAUAAUAUGGCUGUUUUUUCGCCAUCCUCCGAUUAA